GCCAACCUCAGACCAGAUAACAUCAUGAAGUUGAUCAUCCUCGCCGCCAUCAUCGGAGCCUGUGCUGCCGCUAGCCUCCCCGGCUAUGUCGCCCCUCAGUACCGCUACCCCUACAAUUACAACUACAACUACGACUCCAGGGCUAGGGCAGCCAUCGACAGGAGUGCCAAUAUCCUGAGGUCUGACUCCGAAGUUAACGAGAAAGGAUUCCGUUACGCUUUCGAUACUGACAAUGGCAUCCACGCUGACGAAACUGGAGUUGAAGCCAACGGCAUCCAAGCCGCUGGAAGCUACUCCUACACCGGUGAUGAUGGCCAGGUCUACAGUGUGAGCUACACUGCUGAUGCCAACGGCUACCAGCCUCAAGGAGCUCAUCUUCCCACCCCACCUCCCAUCCCUGCUGCCAUCGCCAGGUCUCUUGAGGAGAACGCGAGGGAUGAAGCUGCUGGAAUUUUUGAUGACGGAAGCUACCACGACGCCAAAUACGCCCCUGGUGUGGUUCUAGCCCGCAACCAAUACAGAUAUAACCCAUUCUACCCCUACCGUCGUUACUAAGAACUGCAACCAUAAGCAAGCAACAAAGCAACAGAAUUUUGUACAGUGCCAUUUGAUAUAGGUUAAGAUUAUAUUUACAAAGAAAAGAAAAAUCACAGAACAUCAACAUCCUUGAAAAUAUGACGAAGGAAUGAAAAAGAACAAAAUUUUCAAUUUGUUUUGUUGUAUCUUUGAUUGAAGUUGGUCUUCUGUAAUUUGUAUUGUGUAUAUUGAAGCAAUAAAGUUGCAACUAUAUUUUUAA